AUGGCUGCCGCAAAGGAUCUCGACAACCUUGCUGCUCUGGUGCUCGAUAACCUUCGAGACCAGCAUGACUGGUCAGAAGUUGAACUUCGCGAUGAUGGCAAAAGCCGACCACGGCCCAUCAUCUCUGGCCUACCACCAUCACGCCUAUACAUGCAUCCGGACGAGCAGAUCGAGGCUCUGGGAAUCGAGCAGGCUACUGGGAAGCGCCCAAACCAGGCGCCCGAGUUUGAAUGGGUCCUGCCCGUCCACCUCAGCGAGCAAUGGACCUUGAGCUCUUUUGCCAACAUUUUCGACUCCAUCGACGCUCUGCCGCGGCCAAUUAGUUUGGAAGAAAGUCAAAACACACCCUCGAAGCGGGAUUGGCGUGGCACAGACCGCCAAAAAAGACUGCUGCUCGCCGUUGUCCAUGAUGACUCGACGGUUUCAUACUACCUCAUUCACGAUGGCAUUGUGAAGCCAAGACAGAAUUAG